UCAGCUGAAAAGAGCAGUUCAUUCGCACAGCUUUCGGUUAGAGAAAGUUUCUAGCAGCAGAACAGAAUAAUGGUGAAAAUUCUUUUCCAUCUUUAUUUUGGAGAGCAUGUAGAGCUAAAGCUGCUCAGCUUGAGUGUGUGUGAUGAUCAUGACCAUUGCUCAUCCUUCUUACCUUAAUAGCCGGCGCGCGCGUUUACUUCACUCCUUUCUGUUGUUGAGCAGCUUCAGCACCCGCUUGUGCUGAAAUUUUGCAAGAUCAAAAAUGGACAGAGAGCUGAACAUCACUCUUGGGGAUGAUGAGAACUUGACUUUGCCCAAAGUGUCUAUAGAAUACACCAUACGCCGGAGCAACAUCACAUAUGUUGGAUUUUACCUGCACGAGCCAUCAGUAGCAGCUAUCUUCAUAGUCUCAUACUUACUCAUAUUUUUGGUCUGCAUGGUUGGAAAUGGAGUUGUGUGCUUCAUUGUCUUAAGGAGCAAGAAUAUGCGUACUGUCACUAACCUGUUUAUUCUCAACCUGGCUGUCAGUGACCUCCUUGUUGGGAUUUUUUGCAUGCCAACUACUCUUCUUGACAACAUUAUUACAGGUUGGCCAUUUGGAAACAUGGUGUGCAAAAUGAGUGGAAUGGUCCAGGGCAUAUCUGUCUCUGCCUCUGUCUUUACUCUGGUUGCUAUUGCGGUUGACAGAUUCAGAUGCAUUGUUUAUCCGUUCAAGCAAAAACUGACAAUAUCGACUGCCACACUCAUCAUUGUAAUCAUAUGGGUUUUGGCCAUAUCGAUCAUGUGCCCCUCUGGAGUCAUGCUUCAAGUAACGAAAGAGCAAACCAUUCGUGUCUUUCUUGGGGACGGCAACAGGACAAAUCCUUUCUACUGGUGUCGGGAAAACUGGCCAAAUCAAGAGAUGAGAAAGAUAUAUACCACUGUUUUAUUUGCCAACAUAUAUCUGGCCCCUCUAUCCCUAAUAGUGAUCAUGUACGCGAGGAUUGGGAUAACUUUGUUCAAAACAGCUGUGCCAACAGGUGGAAAACCUGGCCACGACAACCGCCACACCGUGUCCAAGAAGAAACAGAGAGUCAUCAAAAUGCUUCUUAUUGUGGCCUUUCUCUUCAUCUUGUCCUGGUUGCCUCUGUGGACACUGAUGAUGCUUUCUGAUUAUGCCAGUCUUACUGAGAACCAGUACAGGCUUAUUAACAUCUACAUCUAUCCUUUUGCCCACUGGCUUGCUUUCUUCAACAGCAGUGUCAACCCUAUAAUUUAUGGUUUCUUCAAUGAGAAUUUUCGGCGUGGAUUUCAAGCCAUUUUUAAGUUUAACCUGUGCUCAGUGGGCGGUCAUCGACGGAAGACCUACUCCCAUAGAAUGCAGAGUAACUCUGUGCUGCCAGCUAAUCCUCAUCCCUCUACUGAGCCUAUCUCACUGAACAGUGUGGACAAUUCAAGAGUCAACCAUGUGAAUGAGCAAGACUUAGUUAUGGAGGACCUUGAAAAAGUAUCAGAAAGCAGUUUGGGUGGAGCUUCGCCCUAAAGGGAGGGAAGUAAUGGAGUGAAGGUCCAGUCCAGUGGAGAGAUGAUUGCAUUUUCAUACUCAGUGUUAUAUAAUGUAAAGUAUCUUGUGUUUUGUUAUGUAUAGUGUUCUUUAUGAAUUUCAGUGACUUUCCUGUUUAAGGGUAAUCUUAAAAUCUGUUUUGUGAGUACUGAAUUGACACUAAAUUUGGAUGUUGACCUACCCAAAACAAAAUAGCCUAGAGAUGCUACAGUUCUGCAUUUGUGUUUGAAUAAUACAAUUCCACAAAGUGAUGACAAAGUAAUCGAAUCUUGCUGAGUUUUGGCACCAAACCAAAAUAGCUAAAACACUACUAUCCAUCAAGUCAAUGGAAAUAAAUGUUUUGAGAAUGAAGAUAUUGGCCAUUCAUGCCAGUUAGGAUUUUUUAUGUAUGGUAAAGGGCAGAACAUCACAUCUUGGAUGAGCAAAUCUGCAAAUCAAAACUGACAUAUUGUUUGGAAAUUUCUUUUAAAAAAAUCUAUCCUAAUAUAAAAAUAUUAAUACAAUGUGGUUUCUGUAAUCAACCACAGUGUUUUAGGACUUAUUAUGAGCAGGAUAGGAACUACAACUUCUGCAGGCAUUUCCCUCAGCUUGUUCACCAUUGCACUUGCACACAGAAAAGAAUGAGAGAAAUUGUGUACUUGAUUAUAUAAUUAAACAUAUCAGCAUGUAAAUGCCAUAAUAAUUAAAGGACAUAUUCACUUUAGAAUGGGGAUGAUUCUUACUUCAGACUAUCAGGAAUUAUUUUGCAAUCUCAGAAUACAGACAAUUAUUUUAUCAGGUUUAUGCAAUCAUUUUUUUCAAGCACUCAGCCAUCAAGAUAUUGGAAUUAGUAUGCUUUAUUGUAUAGCAUGUUGAGCUGUGUGUUGUGCUGUGAACUAGCACAUCAACUAAUUAUUCAUGAACCAUGAGAUAAAUUCUACCUUUCAAAUAUGCCGUUCAUCCACAAGGAAUGAUGGAAGGAUAUGUUUAACUUAGCGCCUUUCUCAUUGCUUUACAGAACACAUCAACAACCAGACAUCAACAAAAACUUGCUGUAUGUGUGAGAAUUUUGGAAUGGGAACUUUGUGUAUUUUAUUUCAAAUCUGCUUGAAUAAUGAUAAAAGCAGUUUACAACAAAAAUGUUGUAAUUGACAAACAAACUGGGAGUCUCCAGAAAUUUGGCUAAAGACCGUGUCAUAAAAAUAGCAGAGGUGAGCAGAAGUGUGGGGAAAAAAAAACAUUUUGGUGAGUGAUCUAAUUUGAAAGCCAAAAGUUUGAAAGCCUGGAAAGAAGUUCAAAGUUAUUCUGAGGUUACACACAAUAGGGAAAAGGAUGGAUAAUCACUCCAUCAAUAGUAAUAACAAAGUCUAGACCUCUGGAAAUAAGCUAGUUGAGCAGAAUUGUGUUUUGCUGCUAUCAAAUGGUGUAUGUUAUUAAGAUACAGCUGUGAGAGACAGAAAGAAUUGAUUAUGCAGCCUGUCAAGUUUAUUGGAGAGUUGGUUUUAUUAUUUAUUUAUAAAUGUGCAAGUAUAUAAGAGUGUGUGAAAGUGGAAAACAAAACCCAGGCAAAUUUAAAAGAAACUCAACUGCAAUGACUGCAAUGACCUUAGAAAAACUAAGGUCUGUAAACAUCAUUAGAAAGCAAGCAAGAUGAGUGAUGCUAAAGUGAGUCUGUUGUUUAUAAUUAGUCAAUAUGCUGUAUUAAGGGGGAAAAUAAACUAAAACAACAACA